AUAGCAAACAAAUCAUACUUCCUGCCAGACAGAGGCACAUAUGACAUUAAAGGCACGAAAAUAUCAAACCAUAAUCAAAAUUUCUCAUAAAAAUCUGCCAGCAAAAUAUCAAUGUUCCCAGUGAAAAACCAUGACUGAAUACGAUAUCAUCGCCGAUCAUUCUAAGCAGGAAUUGACUGAAAUCCCGAAAAAUGUCCUCGGUAUGUUCAAUUUGAAGAUGCUUUAUCUUCAGGGCAAUUCCAUAGAAUACCUCCCAGACGAUUUCUUCACCGUUUUGAGCAAACUGAACUGGCUGGACCUGAGGAACAACAAGUUGAGGUUUAUACCGAAGAGUAUCGCGCAUCACGAGCACCUCGAGAAUUUGCUGGUAUCCAACAACUACCUGGAAAAACUACCAAACGAACUCGGUUUGGCGCCAAAACUGAAAGUUCUUCACAUCUCCAUGAACCCUUUGAUCUACCCAAGCCGAUCCAUCGUCAAUGAGGGAAUCCAGGCAAUCUGCGCGUAUCUAAGGGACCGCUAUUUGAUAGAGAAUUCCAAAGAAGGGGAGGCCGACACUAUUUCAAGACCUGACGCCGAUUGCUUGAAUACCAGGAGAUCUUCAGAUUCGUCUCUGUAUACAGACGCUAGUAAUGAAGAUCAAGAACUUGAAUCACAGGCGAUUAACUGUAGAGCUGUUAGCAAAAACACAAGAAAGCCUAAAAUCAGACGGAGGUUCCCAGAACGAACACCAAUUAUAACGAUAACGAGUCUUUCUAAGCCAGUCGAUGUAUCAUCGAGUGUAUCAAAUCUAGAAAUCGCAACCACUGUACAGUCCUCCCAAGAAAUCCCAGAUGACAAGCAUAUAGUACAUGAAAUAACCAGAGGUCCAUCCCAGAUCAGCCUGAAAUCUUAUUAUAAGAAGAACAGUGAUAAAGAAAAGAAAGAAAACGCACAGUACACAAUUUCGGACGCUCAACUCAAACAGCAUUGGCUGGAGAAGCUGCAGAUGAUUUUGAGUGAACAAGAAAGGAUUCUACAACAAGAAAAAAAUCUGAUGUCGUUGAAGAAUUGGCGUGAGGAGAAGAGAUUAGAGAGUCCACGUAGAGUGAAUCUGGAAGAUCUCCCCAAGCCUCCAUACGACGUUCAAGAGGAAUACAUGGUGAUGGACUCCAGGGCUGAUCUGCUGAACCGGGAGCUAGAGAGAUUUAUCCAAAAGGGGACGAACACCCCUAGGGAAAUCAAUAUUCCCAAUUUGAUUGGAGAAUUGGUAAAUCAAUUGAAGGAGCUGGAAGUGCAGUGCGAAAAGGAACAAUCGCCAAGGACAGACAUUCAGGAAGCAGCUAAGCAGAUCAAAACGAUCAUAGGAUUGCAACAAAGAAUCCAAAACCUUCAAGAAGCGAACGAUAAAUCCGUUUCAAACCUUUGAAAACUCCUUGCAACUGUAUGUUUUUAUAUUAUUCACAAUAAAUUUCGUAUAUUUA